AAUUUUAGUUUAAUUUAAUUGUUUUGCGUGGCAGCAUUUUAGAAAGAGCCUUCCUUUGUACACCAUUCGACCGUUUUCUUCUUCCCCCCGAUAAUCUCAUUCUGAUUCAAAUGAGAACUAAAAUCCCAGUAUUUCCAUAUUUGGAAAAUAAAAGGAAGUUCACAUUUGCAGAAAAUAAAAACCCAGAAGAAAAGGAAGAAGAAGAAGAGGAGAGAGAAAGUAGGAAAACAAUGUUCUACUCACAGUGCCUUCUAUCAAGUAAAGGUCCUUUGGGUGCCAUCUGGGUUGCUGGUUACUUCUUCAAACGCCUCAAAAAACGCCAAGUUACUGACACUGACAUUUCCUCUUCUGUUGAUAAAAUUCUGCUAGAAGGUUUGCCUUCUGUUACAUAUAGGAUUUUGGCCUAUCUUCUCCUUGGCGUUGUGAGAAUAUAUUCCAAGAAGGUCGAAUAUCUAUUUCAGGACUGCCAUGAAACUGUCUCAGACAUUAAUAGAUUUGCAGUUGGCAAAAAGGUAAUUCCCUUUAGAGAUAUUGUGAGAUCUUCUCAUUCCAUCACCCUGCCAGAGAGGUAUGAGCUUGAUUCUUUCCAACUGGAGGUUGCAGAUGGUUCUAGCAGAGGCAAUAUUACACGAAAUGAAGACAUUAGUAUUAAAGUUGAUGCAGGGAAAGGUGUAUUUCCUCCAUUCUCUUUGGACAAGCAACAAUUUGAAGAAGUUUCUACUCUCUGGGAGGACCUGUUUGAUGCUCAAACAUCAUAUGGGACCACAAUGCAGCAAGAGACCUGUUCAUCCAUUCAGACACCUGAUAAAGUAGUAGCUGAGCGAGAAACUUCUACCUUUGCCCAAACUCCUCCUGACAAAGUUCUUUCACCUCAUCAGAUGGAAGUUGAUGUAGAAGAAUGCUCUCCAGACCACAUGAAGAAUUUCAAAACAAGCAAGGAGAAGCUUCGAGAGUUGAGAUUCACUGAAGAAGAGAGCAUGGACAUUGACAGGAUAUGUGGAUUGGAUCUUGAACUUCUCAAUCUGGUAAAUGAUUAUCAAAUGGGAACUACUGAUGAUAGGGAUGAGGAUACUGUGGAGAAGGUGUCCUUGGAAAAUCAGGAGCUUCUUAUUAUGAAGGAGAAGGUAGUGCCAUCUUCCACAGAGAAGACCCAUGAUUUAGAAGUUGCAGAUGCGGGAGCUUCUGCUACUCCUGAGUUUAUGAUUGUACCCACUCCUGCUAAGAAGGAGAUAAUUCAAAGACCUAGCAAAAGAAAGUGCAUGUGUGAUGAGACUACAGUAUUGGAUAAUGAGCUAAUGAAGCUUUUGAUCGAGGACGCAAGUGGCUUGGUAUGCAAGAGAAGGAAAGCUCCCAAAACAGUCAUUGACAUAUGGAGGUUUUAUCGUAUUCCAGCCCUUGCAAAGAUUUUCUUGGAGCCCUUGAUCCCCUGUGUUGCUUUGGAGCUGGAAUACAUACACUGUGGAAAGAAGACAGAAAGAAUUGAACCAUCUACUAAUCAAGCAGUUGAACCUAUUGAAACUACACCAGCUCCUGGAAAGCAGCAGGAUGUUUCAACUUCAAGUGCUCCUGCUGAAAGUCGAUCAACAAUUGCCCCAGGAACACCAGUUCAGUGUCCAGCAUCUGCCAGAGUUUUUGGAAGUGCCAUGGCUGCAGAUUCAGAUGUGGAAGGUGUUCACUCGUAUGAGAAUAUGAGGAAGGAGUUGUUUCUGCGUGAGGAAGACAGCGCUGGUCCAAGUCUGAUGGCUGAGAUGGAUGCAAAUGAAGUAGAUAGUCUAGAACUGCAUAAGAACAAGAAUGGAGGAUUGUCUGCUAGAACCAGAACUGUUGCGAGAUACCUGCGUCGAGUAAUCCAAAGAAAGAAGCAACGAGGAGUAGAAGCUUCAUUGCUUCCCAUUGUUGAACGUAAAAACAAGAGAGAAAACGCGAUGCUUUUUUUCGAAGUACUGGUGCUAAGUUCUGGCGGAUUUAUAAAUGUCGUACAAGAGAAAGCGUAUGGAGAUGUGAUUUUGCAAGAAACUCCUCAACUUGAAUCAGUUUUGAAGAAGUGACGAGCUCAGAGAUAACAUGAUAAGUUAACAUUAGAAAAGUUAUGCAAGUUUGCAGAAAUAGACAGUAGAUCAGGAAAGUUGCUGCUUGCAACAAUGUUCACCUAGGUAGUAUCUAUUUUCUCCUUUUUAAUUUAAAUAUUAGGUUUUGUAAAUAAAUUUUGAGUAGGAAAUAGGUCAAAGAUAUUUAGCGUUAUUUAAUGUAGAAGUAAGAUGUAGACUGAUUUCACUGAAAUGAAAUGAAAUGUGUUAAUCAGAAGGUUUCCUACCAA